AGCGGGGCGGGCGGGCGGACGCGAGGGAGCGCGCGGCGGGCUCUUGGGAGCUUGCGGGACUGCGGCGCGGCUCCAGUCGGCCGCCCGGCUCUGCGAAGCCCCCGACCCGCGCGGCACUUCCCGGUAGGCCACUGCAGGGGUGCGUGGCUCCGCGUGGGCGCGUGCAAACUGUGGGAGGCCGGCCCCGGGAGCAGCGGACCCGAGUGGAGCCUGCAGUCGGACCCGCGGCCCCUCGGCGGAACCCAGGUCCCAGUCCCUGCAGGGGACAUCAUGGCUGUGGAUGUGACAGAAUAUCAUCUCAGUGUCAUCAAGAGCCCCCCUGGCUGGGAGGUGGGUGUCUACGCUGCGGGGGCCCUGGCACUGCUCGGAAUUGCAGCUGUGAGUCUGUGGAAGCUCUGGAUGUCGGGGAGCUUUCCCAGGCCCUCUCCUUUCCCUAAUUAUGACUACAGGUACCUGCAGCAGAAAUAUGGAGAGGCUGACAUGGAAGCUAAGCUGAAGAGAGUCCCUCCCUGGAAUGCCCAACGCACCAACACUCGGGGACCACCCAGCCGCAAAGGCAGCCUCAGCAUUGAGGACACAUUUGAGAGCAUCAGUGAGCUAGGGCCCUUGGAGCUGAUGGGCCGGGAGCUAGACUUGGCCCCCUAUGGGACUCUCCGAAAGUCACAGUCGGCUGACUCCCUGAACUCCAUCUCCUCUGUGAGCAACACCUUUGGGCAAGACUUCACACUGGGCCAGGUGGAGGUGGGCAUGGACUAUGAUGCGGCCUCCCACACUCUCCACGUGGCAGUGCUGCAGGGCAAGGACCUUCUGGAGCACGAGGAGGCCAGCUUCGAGUCCUGCUUCAUGCGUGUCAGCCUGCUGCCCGAUGAACAGAUCGUGGGCAUCUCCCGGAUCCAGAGGAACACCUACUCUAUUUUCUUCGAUGAGAAGUUCUCUGUCCCCCUGGAUCCCACAGCCCUGGAGGAGAAGAGCCUGCGGUUUUCUGUGUUCGGCAUUGAUGAGGACGAGCGGAACGUGAGCACUGGGGUGGUGGAGCUGAAGCUGUCUGUGCUCGACCUCCUGUUGCAGCCCUUCAGUGGCUGGCUGUACUUACAGGACCAGAAUAAGGCUGCGGAUGCUGUCGGGGAGAUCCUGCUGUCCCUCAGCUACCUGCCCACAGCUGAGCGCCUCACUGUGGUUGUGGUGAAAGCCAAGAAUCUCAUCUGGACUAAUGACAAGACCACAGCAGACCCCUUCGUCAAGGUGUACCUACUGCAGGACGGGAGGAAGAUGAGCAAGAAGAAAACAGCCGUGAAGAGGGAUGACCCCAACCCAGUGUUCAACGAAGCCAUGAUCUUCUCCGUGCCAGCCAUUGUGCUCCAGGACCUGUCUCUCCGUGUGACGGUGGCUGAGAGCAGUAGUGAUGGCCGCGGGGACAAUGUGGGUCAUGUCAUCAUCGGGCCAGCAGCCAGCGGCAUGGGCACCACACACUGGAACCAGAUGCUGGCCACACUACGCAGGCCUGUGUCCAUGUGGCACCCAGUCAGGCGAAACUAGCAGCCAGGGCAGGCCAGGUUGGCAGCCUCUAGCGCCUGGCGCAGUCUCGGCUCUAUCCAAUGACACCCUUCUCCACAGUCAACUGGAGCCACGAACACUGCCCCCCACCGGGGCGGGGGAGGUCCUCAUCAGCCAUCUUGGAUCCUCUGUCCGGACUGCCAUGGAGGAAUGGGUAUGGCUCUUCAUCCAGGGACCCAGGGUAUUUUCCCCACUAAGAACCAGCCAUGACUGGCCUAGGAUCCUGCAGACUGACCAGUUGUAUACCUGAGAACCUCAUGAGGUAUCCCUUGGCUUGCAGAGGGAUGUGGGCAUUCAAAGCUGGCCAGCUUCCCUUCUGUAGUUCUCCUAGAGGCCAGCUGCCCGUAUGUCUUGAGAGGCUAGAACUAACAUAAACAGAACAUAGCACCCAGGGUGCCAGGAAGUCCAAAUGCCCCUCUCCCAUUCUGCAUGACUUUCUCAGUGCCAAGAAUCAGCCUGCCCAGAUGGACUUGGGGAGAGGUCCUGGGGUCUAGAGUAGGGAGGAACCCACAGACAGAGAAGGAACUGCACUUUGAGGAUUGGGGAGAAAACAGUAUCCCAGACAGAGGCCCCAAACAACAGCAGGGAGAUGAAUGUCCCCAUCUCCAGCACAGUCCUUGGCCCACUGCAGUGCGGACAGGAGAAGAAGCCAGGAGACCAGGCCGGGCAGAAGCCUACAGGCCACAUGAAGGCUCCCCUGACCUGCCACCACUGCAAGAGCCAGAAAUCCCAAGAGGCCCAGACCCAGGCCCUUGACUUUUGUCCCAUGAAAAUCAGUGCAGCUCUACUAGUGUUGACUGGUGCCCCUCCAGGACAGGCCCCUCCUGACAGAAAGCUGCCUCAAGAAGACCUAGUUCUAACCCCUGGGAUAUUGGGCACCAUAUCCAGCCUCUGCCUGUGGCCAGUGGGAGCUCUGUCUGGGGCGGGGGGGUACCCAGAAGCAAAGAGGCUGGGUUGUACACCACCAUGUGCCAAUUUUUGGCUUCCACCUGGCCAUCGUUAGUGAGGGUAUCACACCCCUCCAGGUGUUACGAAAUGAGGCGAUGGCUUUCAUCUGAUAAAAGAUAGUCCCAGAGAAGCAGUGAUGUGAACCUUCACCAACUGGAGGUUGCACCUGCAGCUUUAAAAGGAUAGUGAGUGUGUGUGAGGAGUGUUGAGAGGAGGACUCAGGCUGGCUGCCUCUGAUCCUUGGCCCUAAUAAGCACUGAGAUCCAGGUCCAACCAGUUACCAGUAAUGACAACGGGAGAGGUGGCUAGAACAGGGACACAGAGGAUCGUAGGACUAGAGGCUAGACACACCUGUCACAGCCAGGACUCCACUAAGGCCAGGCUGCCUAACCUGUUGCCAAUAUUAAGCAGUCAACACAGGGCCAGGGACACACAUCUGGGCCAGAUCUUGCCAUCUGGAGGCCCUAGAGUCUUUUUAACCCAGUGGCUUUACAGAACAGACCACAUUCCCUCAACCUCCAUCCCCUUGUUCCUUCUCUUCCUCUGCAUGAAGCGUGGAUGGUGUGCCCAGAAUGGCUGUAGGGACCAAGAAUAUUGACUGGAAUGAUUUUAGAACCAAAAUAAAGCUGGGGCAGGAAGGGGGCUUCCAGGGAGCCCUGCUAAA